CGCGUCCCGUCCCCGGCGCACCGGUUCGACACGGCACCCCACCGCCGUCCCCUCCCCCUCGCCGAUCCACCGCCUCAGCUCCAACCCGUUCCUCGAUCGAUCCGAUUCGACUGCCCGCCACCGCUGAUUCACCGGGGAACGACCGACCAUGAGCGAGGUCUUCGAGGGCUACGAGCGGCAGUACCGCGAGAUCUCCGCCGCCCUCUCCCGCAAGUGCGCCUCCGCCUCCGCCCUCGAUGGCGAGAAGAAGCAGCAGAAGCUGUCCGAGAUCCAGGCCGACGUGCAGGAGUCUGAAUCGCUGAUCAGGAAGAUGGAUUUGGAGGCCCGGAGCCUGCAUGCGACCGUCAGGGCCGGGCUGCUGUCUAAACUGAGGCAGUACAAGUCUGAUCUCAACAACAUCAAGAGUGAGACCAAGAAGGUCUCGGCGCCUAAUGCCCAACAGGCCGCCCGGGAGGAGCUCCUCAACUCCGGCAUGCCGGGUACACUCGGGAGAGGAAGAUUGAUGAUGACAUCAGAAAGGUUAAAUCAGUCUUCCGACAGAAUUAGAGAAAGCCAAAUAACAGCACUUGAUACAGAAGAAAUCGGCGUGUCGAUUCUUCAGAACCUUCAUAAUCAACGAGAGACACUGAUGCGUGCUCACAAAACAGCAUGUUUUCACAUGAACUCACGCCCAUGGGAAUCUUCAAAGGUGCGCCUUUAUUAUUGAGGGGAUUUCACGUCGAACGAGGGGUUUCAGUUGCAUGGUGUGGACGACUCCAUCGGCAAAAGCAACAAGAUCCUGGCGUCCAUGUCCAAGUGGAACUAAGUGGUUUGUCUAGGUUGACUUCGUGUUAUAGAAAGCUAGGAAGUAGGAAUGUAUUGGAUAGCGAUUUAAACGAUGUUACCAACCACGAGAGGCAGCCGAGACAAAUGAUAGUAAUACUAAGCCUCCUUUGCUUCACGGGAAUAGGAAAAUCAUAGAAAGUGAGAUGAUGUGUAUAUAUAUUCCCAUAGGAAAAGAGAUGUCAUUUGAUGCAUAUGAUUGAAAAUUUUC